CCGCGAUGGCGGAGGACAGCGAGUCUGCAGCCAGCCAGCAGAGCCUGGAGCUGGACGACCAGGACACGUGCGGCAUAGACGGGGACAAUGAAGAGGAGACGGAGCAUGCUAAAGGGAGUCCCGGAGGGGAUUUGGGAGCCAAAAAGAAGAAGAAAAAACAGAAGAGGAAAAAAGAGAAACCCAACUCUGGAGGCACCAAGUCCGACUCGGCGUCUGACUCCCAGGAGAUUAAAAUUCAGCCACCGUCAAAAAAUGCCACCAUUCCCAUGCAGAAGCUGCAGGACAUCCAGAGAGCCAUGGAGCUGCUGUCCGCCUGCCAGGGCCCGACCAGGAGCAUUGAUGAGGCUGCAAAACACAGAUACCAGUUUUGGGACACACAGCCAGUGCCCAAACUAAAUGAAGUUAUAACGUCCCACGGUGCCAUCGAACCAGACAAAGACAACAUUCGUCAGGAGCCAUAUUCCCUGCCGCAGGGUUUCAUGUGGGACACCUUAGACUUGAAUAAUGCUGACGUGCUCAAGGAGCUGUACACGUUGCUAAAUGAGAAUUACGUGGAAGAUGAUGACAACAUGUUCCGAUUUGACUACUCCCCGGAGUUCCUGUUGUGGGCUCUGUGCCCCCCCGGCUGGCUCCUUCAGUGGCACUGCGGGGUCCGAGUGUCUUCCAAUAAGAAGCUAGUGGGAUUCAUAAGUGCCAUCCCAGCAAACAUCCGCAUUUAUGACAGUGUGAAGAAGAUGGUAGAAAUCAACUUUCUUUGUGUUCACAAGAAGCUAAGAUCCAAACGAGUGGCCCCCGUGUUAAUUCGGGAAAUAACCAGAAGGGUGAACUUGGAGGGAAUCUUUCAGGCCGUGUAUACCGCUGGUGUGGUUCUCCCUAAGCCAGUGGCCACAUGCAGAUACUGGCAUCGAUCCCUAAACCCCAGAAAAUUGGUAGAAGUGAAAUUUUCUCACUUAAGCAGAAAUAUGACUUUACAGAGAACAAUGAAGCUCUACAGACUUCCAGAUGUUACAAAGACUUCAGGUUUGAGACCAAUGGAACCAAAAGAUGUUAAAGCCGUCCGAGAAUUAAUCAACAGUUACCUAAAGCAGUUUCAUCUAGCCCCGGUGAUGGACGAAGAGGAAGUAGCCCACUGGUUUCUCCCUCGGGAGCACAUUAUCGACACUUUCGUAGUGGAGAACGCCAGCGGCCGGCUGACGGAUUUCCUGAGCUUUUACACACUCCCGUCUACAGUCAUGCAGCACCCUGCUCACAAGAGCCUCAAAGCUGCCUACUCCUUCUACAACAUUCACACCGAGACCCCUCUGCUGGACCUCAUGAACGACGCACUCAUCAUUGCGAAACUGAAAGGAUUUGAUGUAUUCAAUGCACUCGAUUUGAUGGAAAAUAAAACAUUCUUGGAGAAACUCAAGUUUGGCAUAGGAGAUGGCAAUUUACAGUAUUACUUAUACAACUGGAGGUGUCCAGGAACUGAGUCUGAAAAGGUUGGACUUGUACUACAAUAAAAGGAUGCUUUUCAUUCUAAAUCUCGGCCAUCAUCAUUUCUUAAUAUUCCAUUAAUGAUUCCUGAACUGCCACUCCAAAGAAUAAAAGCACAAGUGAAAU